GAAAGAGCUUGGCAAGAGGUUUGUAAUGAUGUUGGGCCAAGUUCAAGGUUGACCAUACCAAUGCCCAAUACCUUCUUAGUGGGUCCUAUUACCUUUCAAGGCCCAUGCAAAUCUCCUCUUAUCCAUAUCCAGAUACUUGGUACAAUCAUAGCUCCCCAAAACCCUAGUUCAUGGAAUGGCUGUGAAACAGGAGCAUGGCUACUUUUUUAUAAAGUCAACGGCCUGUUUAUCGACGGCGGUGGUACCAUCAAUGGCCGCGGCGACGCUUGGUGGACCAAAUCAUCAACCUACAUAACAGAAGAAUCCAAAUGUACCAUACCACCAACGGCGUUACAUUUUGAAAGUUGCAACGGGCUUCGACUUACAAAACUCAAGCAUAGGAAUAGCCCAAGAAACCAUAUUGGUCUUAACCGAUGCAGUUAUUCAACUCUUUCGUAUUUAGACAUAGCCGCACCUGCCGAUAGUCCCAACACCGAUGGCAUCGAUAUAUCACUUUCAACCCAAGUACGAGUUCAUCAUUCAAUCAUCAGAACUGGAGACGAUUGUAUAGCUCUAAGCAACGGUUCUUCUCAAAUCAAUAUUACUGGCAUAUAUUGUGGCCCGGGACAUGGUAUAAGUAUUGGAAGUUUGGGAAUGAAUGGACAAUAUAAUACGGUGGAAGGUGUUAAAGUACGAAAAUGCCAGUUUUCUGGAACAACCAAUGGAGCGAGAAUCAAAACAUGGCAGGGAGGCUCAGGAUACGCUAGAGACAUCACAUUCGAGAAAAUCUUUCUUCACAAUGUUAAUAACCCUAUUAUCAUCGAUCAACAUUAUUGUCCCCACAAUUACAAUUGUCCUAAAGAGUCAUCCGCGGUGAAAGUUAACGACAUAAGUUACAAACGAUUCGUAGGAACAUCGUCGUCUCGAACUGCAAUAAAUUUUGAUUGCAGCAACAAUGUAGCAUGCUCGGGUAUUUUGUUGGACCAUAUAAACAUAACAUCGAGUGUUAAAGGAGAAGAUCCAACCGUCUAUUGCAACAAUGCUUACGGGACAACUUCUUUCUCGAGUCCUACUGCAUCUUGUUUAUUGAACUAGAUGUUAAUACACAUUUGAUUUGUGUAUUACAUACUACGCGAAUGUUAGGCUUGUUAUGCAAGUUAUAGAAUUUGAUAGGUGUUUGAUGUAAAAAUCAGAUUUAGUAUGUUGGCCUACUAAGUGCUAAUAUAGUCAGUCAGUCAUAUGUUAACAAGUUAAAAUAUAAGAACAAUAAUCAAACAUAUAAUCUUUACUAUUUUCUC